GGUAAGUAGUACAGUACCUCGCUGAGGCGGCUCAUUCAUUUCUAAUUUGAGAUUUGAUUUCAGAACAUAUCGCUUUGUUUUUCUUUUUCGAUUGUGUGGUGUGUUUAAAAAGUUACGCGAUUCGUUCUGAGCCUACUUUGCUUUUUGUAUCGGGAUUUAAUUUACGUUUUGUCGAGAUUUUACACGUCGAGUGUCAAAAAAAUCUCCACAGUCACGUCGCUGUCCAGUCAGCCUCCGCUGGUCACGUGACCGCGACCGCGUCGCGGCCGCCAUUAUUGUUCCUCGCGCAGGCAUUUCUGCUCCCAUGUUUCAGAAUCCAAUCGAAAGAAAAGCCACGAUCCGCCCAAGUGUCGAGUGUUCGCGAAGCGACAGCGAUUUGGAGCCGCCACAAUCGGUUGCGACACCCGUCAAACGCCGCGACGGUAUAACGGAAAAUUCAAAAAGUUGGCGACGGCCACCAUCUUCAAGAUGCAUGAUUUUGCCAUGGUUUUCUUUGAUUUGGAGACAACUGGAUUGGACACUCGUGGGUGUCACAUCAUCCAGCUGGGGGCCGUUUGCGGUAACCAGACCUUCAACGCCUACAUCGUCCCCCAACGCCCCAUCACUCAGCGGGCCUACGAGGUCAACGGCUUCUACGUGGCGGACGACAUUCUCUACCGCCGCAAGAAGGCCAAGCCCACCGUGACAAUCAACCGAGCUCUGACCAACUUCUUCAGAUUCCUGAGAUCCUUGGAGCGGCCCGUGUGCCUGGCGGCCCACAACGCUAACUCGUUUCACGUCCGCAUCCUGACGAGGCUGCUGUGGAGAUUCCACUACUUUUGGAAGUUCCGCAGGGUCGUGCAUUUUUAUCUGGACACCCUACAGGUCAGCAGGAAGAUAAACCCCGGUGGCAGUCAUAAAUUGAAGGACUUAGUGGGCAAGGACUAUGACGCUCACAAUGGGCUGGAGGACGCCAAGGUGUUGCAGGGCCUUUGGAAGAGGUGGGCCUUGAAUGACCGUGACGUUCAGAAUUUCUUGUUCGAGUGGUAGCGCGGCAAACUUUGCGCUCUCACCGAAGCAAAUGCAAGUAUUUCCACGUCGGUUUUGUUCUGCACCGGAUUUGUUCUUUUGAGUUUGUUGUUUUGCUU